UCCUCAGCUGCAGAUGCCAGAUUGUGCACAUCUGAAAACUUUGUCUCUUUACAGCAGCACUGGCAACUGUGCUGACCCACGCCCCCCCCCUGCCCCCAUCCCCUGCCCUGCCUUUGGACUGAGGGUCAUCCAUCCAUCCCGCCACAGACUCACAGCCAACUCAUCAUGGUGGAUGUGACCAAAUGGCCCAUUUUCAGCCUGAUGGGGCCCCAGGAGCUCUCCAAUAUACGGAAAGCCUGUGUAUUUGGAACGUCUGCUAAUGAGGCCAUCUACAUCAACAAUGAUGACGAGGUGUACGUGUUUGGCUUGAACUGCAGUAACUGCCUGGGCACAGGGGACAGCCUGAGCACCAUCGUACCCAAGAAGCUGGACUUCCUGAGCGGGAGGAAGGUGGUCAGCCUGAGCUACGGCAGCGGCCCCCACAUCCUGCUGGCCACAGAGGACGGAGAGCUAUUCGCCUGGGGUCAUAAUGGUUACAGCCAACUGGGAAACGGGACAACCAACCAAGGAGUCUCUCCAGUGCUGGUGUCGGCCAACCUGCUCAAUAAGAAGAUCACAGAGGUGUCGUGUGGCUCUCACCACUCGAUGGCGCUGACCGACUCAGGAGAAGUGUAUGCGUGGGGCUACAACAACUGUGGUCAAGUAGGUUCAGGCUCCACGGCCAACCAGCCCACUCCACGCAGAGUGUCGAGCUGCCUGCAGAACAAAGUGGCAAUCAGCAUCGUCUGCGGUCAGACCUCAUCCACAGCAGUGGUGGACAACGGAGAGGUGUACGGCUGGGGCUACAACGGGAACGGACAACUUGGACUUGGAAACAACGGAAACCAGCUCACUCCCUGUCGCCUCGCUGCUCUGCAGGGUUUAUGUGUGCAACAGAUCGUCUCGGGUUACGCUCACUCUCUUGCUCUAACUGACGAGGGAUUGCUUUACGCCUGGGGUGCCAACACAUACGGACAACUGGGCACGGGAAACAAGAGCAACCAGCUGAGUCCAAUCCAGAUCAUGGCGGAGAAAGAGAGGAUCGUGGAGAUCGCCGCCUGUCACUCCACGCACACGUCGGCUGCUAAGACCCAGAGUGGGCAGGUGUACAUGUGGGGCCAGUGCAGGGGCCAGUCCAUCGUGCUGCCCCACCUCACACACUUUACCUGCACCGACGAUGUCUUUGCAUGCUUCGCCACGCCCUCGGUCAUGUGGAGGCUUCUUUCCAUGGAGCACGAUGACUUCUUGACCGUGGCUCAGUCUCUGAAGAAAGAGUUUGACAACCCGGAGACAGCGGACCUCAAGUUCUGCGUGGACGGCAAAUAUAUCUGCGUCCACAAAGCGAUUCUCAAAAUCAGGUGUGAACACUUCAGGUCCAUGUUCCAGUCUCACUGGAACGAAGACAUGAAGGAGGUGAUUGAGAUCGACCAGUUCUCCUACCCGGUGUACCGCUCCUUCCUGGAGUUCCUUUACACCGACGACGUGGAGCUGCCCCCCGAGGACGCCAUCGGGCUGUUGGAUUUAGCCACGUCGUAUUGUGAGAACCGCCUGAAACGGCUGUGUCAGCAUAUUAUAAAGAGAGGAAUCACCGUGGACAACGCCUUCUCGCUGCUGUCCGCUGCUGUGCGCUAUGACGCAGAGGACCUGGAAGACUUCUGCUUUAAAUUCUGUGUCAACCACCUGACUGAAGUCACACAGACCACGGCUUUCUGGCAGAUCGAUGGCAACCUGCUCAAAGAUUUCAUAUGUCGAGCCAGCCGCUGUGGAGCCUUCAAAAACUGACUCCAAGCUGAUUGGUUAAAAAAGCCUAAGAGAUAAAAACGCUGCACUGA